AAAUAAAUGUAAUCACCAGCAAAUAAAUUAAAAUGUUUGUUACCUGAUCAAGUUGUGUUUAGAUGUUAUGAUUACUGUCAAUUGGAAUCAACAAUAAAGAAUUGUUUUAUGCAUAAUCAUCUUGACAAUAACUGUACAACAUAAGUCUAAUCAGUUGAUGUUUGAAACCUAACAUUAAUCUCUUUCUCUCUUUUGUUCUUUUUGCUUUCUUUUCUCCUUCUCUCUCUCUCCUUUGUCAGAUCAAAUAGUGUUUUUAAUUAUUUUGUGAAAUCAGUUCUUCAACUGUGAAUCAUUUUUGGUUUCUUGUUGUUGUAUUGGAACAAUAAGUGUUUAACCCAACCGUUUGUUUUUUUCCUGUGUUUGAAUUGGUGUCUAAGAGGUUAUCCACAAUGGGAAGCUUAUUAAGAGGUGAAGAAAUGAAGCUUUGUCAACUGUUUUUACAAUCAGAGGCAGCUUAUUUUUGUAUUGCUGAAUUGGGUGAACUUGGUUUGGUUCAAUUUCGAGAUCUCAAUCCUGAUGUAUACUUAUUUCAUAGGAAAUUUAUUAGUGAAGUCAUGCGAUGCCAAGAAAUAGAAAGAAAGUUAAAUAUCCUUGAGAAGGAAAUUAAAAAAGAUGACAUACCCAUUUGUGAUAAAGGUGAUGUUCCUGAGACACCACCACCACGAGAGAUGAUUGAUCUGGAAGCUACAUCGGAAAAAAUGGACAAUGAAUUGAAGCAAGUUAAUUUCAAUAUGGAAGCAUUAAAGAAGACAUUUCUUGAGCUGUGUGAAUUUCGACAUAUUCUUGAGAAAACCCAACAAUUUUUCCUUGAGAUGCAAGGAACUGGAGUUGGUGAGGAUUGGACUCAGUUAGCGGGCGAUGACGCUUUAAAUCUUUCAAUUCAUUCCCACGUCAAAUUAAAUUUUGUAUCAGGUGUCAUUCGUCGAGAUCGAUUACAUGCAUUUGAAAGGAUGCUUUGGCGUGUCUGCAUGGGUAAUGUUUUCGUGCGUCAAGCAUUCAUUGAUGAUCCUCUGGAAGAUCCCAUUUCAGGAGAUUAUGAUUACAAAUCAGUAUUCAUCAUAUUUUUUCAAGGAGAACAACUAAUGACAAAGAUUAAGAAAAUUUGUGAAGGAUUCCGGGCCUCUCUCUAUCCAUGUCCUGAAUCAUCUGUAGCCAGAAAGGAUAUGAUUAACAAUUUGAAUUCAAGAGUAAACGAGCUGAAUAUUGUUCUUAAACAAACCACUGAACAUCGUUAUCGCGUAUUGGCUGCAGCUGCUAAACACCUUAAUACUUGGAAAACAAAAGUCAAAAAAAUCAAAGCAAUCUACAUGACACUCAAUUUAUUUAACCUAGACCUUACAAGGAAAUGUUUAAUCGCUGAAUGUUGGUGUCCAGUGAAUGAUUUAGAGAGAGUUCAUCUAGCUUUAAAUAGAGGAACAGAACGAGGUGGAUCCUCAGUGCCUUCAAUUUUAAAUUGCUUAGAGACUAAAGAAGAGCCUCCAACGUUUCAUCGCAACAACAAAUUCACCCAAGGCUUCCAAAAUUUGGUCAAUUCAUAUGGAGUUGCUUCUUACAGAGAACUGAAUCCUGCCAUAUUUACAAUAAUCACCUUUCCAUUUUUAUUUGCUAUUAUGUUUGGUGACGCGGGUCAUGGAGUACUGAUGAGUAUGUUUGCUGCAUGGAUGGUUCUUAAAGAAAAUCAAAUAAUAGCUGCAAAACCCCGAAAUGAAAUAUUCAACACUUUUUUCGGUGGAAGAUAUUUAAUUCUGCUUAUGGGCAUUUUUUCCAUUUACACUGGUCUUAUUUACAAUGACAUUUUCUCCAAAUCAUUCAACUUUUUUGGUUCAUCGUGGUUUGCAUCACCAAUUGCAAAAGGUGGUAUCUACGAAAAGAGCAUGCAAUUGGACCCUCAAAAAGAGUACACUGGGAUUCCUUAUUGGUUUGGUAUGGAUCCUAUCUGGCAAGUUUCGGAGAACAAGAUUUUAUUUCUCAAUUCAUAUAAAAUGAAACUUUCUGUUCUGCUUGGAGUAUCUCAGAUGAUUUUUGGUGUUGUUCUCAGUUUAUAUAAUCAUAGAUUCUUUGGUAGAACGCUCAACAUUUACAGUGAAUUUCUUCCUCAACUCAUUUUUCUAGUUUCAAUCUUUGGUUACCUCAACAUUCUAAUCUUAGCUAAAUGGAUAUUUUACGAUUCUUCCGUAGCACACUGUGCACCAUCAGUUUUGAUUACACUUAUAAACAUGUUCCUUAAUAAAUAUCCUGACUCUCCUUGUAAUUUGCUUCCAAUGUAUUGGGGGCAAAGAUUUUUCCAGACAGUUUUACUUAUCACUGCCAUUGUAUGUAUUCCAUGGAUGCUUUGUGUAAAACCCUAUUUUUUGAAGAAACAACAAGAUUCCAAAGAUACCAAGAACAAGCUAAAGAUUAUCCAACCACCAGUCACCUUUAACAACAAUCAAAAUGCGGGAGAAAGUGAAGUUGGUAUUCCUAUGGAAAAUUUUAGCGAAUUAUUCAAAGACCAGGAAAAAGUUGCGGUAAAUGUUGAAAACAACGAAAGUGAUAAAGAAUUUGAUCUUAGUGAAAUUAUAAUUCAUCAAAUAAUUCAUACAAUCGAAUCUGUUCUUGGUUCGAUCUCUCAUACAGCUUCAUAUCUUCGACUAUGGGCUUUAAGCUUGGCACACGCUCAACUGAGUGAAGUUUUGUGGACCAUGGUUUUACAAAAGGGUUUAACCUUGGGUGAAAAAACUUUUGGAGGUUUCAUCAUGUUUUUUGCUUUUGGUAUUUGGGCAUGUCUAACAGUUGCUGUUCUGCUGUUGAUGGAAGGGUUAAGUGCUUUUCUCCAUGCCUUGAGAUUACAUUGGAUUGAAUUUCAAAGCAAAUUUUACUCUGGAACUGGUUACUUAUUUCAACCAUUUUCAUUUGAAGUAAUUCUUAAACAAGAAUUUGAAGAACUCGUUUGAUUUGGUUUACCUAAAUGAUCCUCAAAAAUCAUAACCGUAGUCUAAAUAGUCUGCUGAGUCUUGCUGUUUGUUGCCACCAUAUCAUCAAGUAACAUGAGUUAGUCAGCUGUUUGAAGCAAUAUGUAAACAUUUGCUAGUUACUAACAAUCAUCUCCAGGUACCAAUUUACGUGACAAUAAUUUUGUGCUUUAUGUGACUUUAAAGUGUGUAUUAAUUUUCUACUUAAUGUUACUAAAAUUCAAUUACAAUUAGAGUUUUUCCUAUUCUCCAAAGAUUUAAAAUAUAAUUUUGGACUCACUUGUUCUCUUGUCUUCACGUGACUCUUGUUUCCUUUGAUUAAAUUGGUGAUCACCUUAAUCAACAUCUUUGCCAACAAAAAAAACUCAUCAAUUUUCCCGGUUACCAGUUAUUUAUACUCAAAUGAUCAUUAAGUGUCUCAAUUUCUUUACCCUGUGAUUCUCCAUCGGCAAAUGUGAAAUAAUAUUAUGGAUUUUAACUGAAA